AUUUUUAUUUUAUAUUUCAAGGCCGAGGCAGCUAAGUCCGGACAGCAAAGCGGCACGAGAAGCUUUGACUGAUUUUUUGGUGACCAGCCUACCGACGGCAAUCUUGCAAGAGGUCACUAGACAGGUCAAGUAUGCUGUGAUGAAGAUUCAUGAGCUUCGGGUCAGUCCGGACGAGAUGUCAGAGCUGGUGCAGGGCUUUUACCAAUAUCUAAUUGAUAAACUCAAUCAGAACCCAUUUUUCAACCAAGAAAAAUGCAAUGUGAAGGUGGAGGAUGUUCUCGCCGAAGUUGAGAAGUAUAUCUGUACAUGUUGCUAUAAUAAUUUGUUCUGUGCUAGUUCUGAUGAAGAAGUCGCAGAUCUCUCGUUACAAGAUCGUAUCCGGUCUCUGAAUUGGGUCACUGCAGGAUUUUUGGAAACCAAAAUCAAUUUUGCUAGACCAGCAGUUCGAAAUCUUCUUGACGAUGCCAUAGCAGAAAUGAUCGAUAUAAAUAGCCAUAGAAGAAAUGAUGAAAAGUUGGAAUGUCUCGUCCGAUGUUCACACAAAAUAUUUGAGGCGUUGAAAGAAAGUGGUGAGGAAAUGAUAGAUAGUUAUUUUUUAUUGUGA